CAUUGCAAACAGGUGACGCAUUUAUCAAUUUCGUUUUAUGUCAAAAAGUACCUACAGACAAAGAGUGACUAUUAUUUUUAUUUUUCGUACUAAUUGUGUAAAUUUUCGUGCAAAAUGUCUUCAAGGAAAAAGGUUCUUUUAAAAGUUAUCAUCCUGGGCGACAGUGGCGUUGGUAAAACUUCAUUGAUGAAUCAGUUUGUCAAUAAAAAAUUUUCCAACCAGUACAAGGCGACAAUAGGCGCUGAUUUUCUCACGAAAGAGGUAAUUGUCGACGACCGUAUCGUCACAAUGCAGAUCUGGGACACAGCGGGGCAAGAGCGAUUCCAAUCACUAGGGGUUGCGUUUUAUCGUGGGGCGGAUUGUUGCGUCUUAGUUUUUGACGUAACUGCCCCCAACACGUUUAAGUCCUUGGAGAGUUGGAGAGACGAAUUUUUGAUACAAGCAUCUCCACGCGAUCCGGAAAACUUUCCAUUCGUUAUACUAGGUAAUAAAGUUGAUUUGGAUAAUCGUGCUGUAUCUGCGAAACGAGCCCAGCAAUGGUGUCAAAGUAAAAAUGACAUCCCUUAUUUCGAAACAAGUGCCAAAGAAGCUGUGAAUGUCGAACUCGCGUUUCAAACAAUAGCACGCAAUGCGUUGGCGCAAGAAACAGAAGCAGAGCUGUACAAUGAGUUCCCUGAUCAAAUCAAGCUGAAUGCUAAUGAUAAUGGUCGCAACAGGGACGGAGAUAACUGUGCUUGCUAGGUUCCAUACUACUUUUCAACAUUGGCAAUAUACUAGUGUCUCCUUAUUUUAUAUAAAAUUUAUUACAUUAGAGUAUAAUUUUAAUUUAUAAGUAAUAGUUACUCUGAUAUUUUAUAUGUAAAAAAUGUAUAGGUGUGAUCAAUCUUUCACUUUUAUUUUGGCAAUUUAUAUAAAAUACAUGUGCAGUUGUGUAAUUUAGCAUUAUACAUUUAAAAACAAAUUUGCUUUUGUCACAUUUACAAAUUGAUCAUGGCAGUUCUUAUUGUUUUAUUGAAGUACAACUGAAUCUGUUUAGUAUAAUCUAAACAGUAAAUUUAAUUAAAAAUUAAAUUAAUAAAUUUAUGCAUCUGUAGUCAUUAUUAAAAUGAUAACCAAAAUUAAAUUAAUUGUGAUAAUAUUUUCCUAAAAAUGGUAGUGACACAGAAUUAAAAAUUGAUUCAUAUUGAUUUUGUUGUAAGUAAUAAUUUAUAAAAAAAAAAUUGUAUAUCAGAAGAGAAUAAGGUAUUUGAGAAGAAGUGCAAACAAUAAAGUUUAUAUUUGUAACAUUGAAUGGAGCAAAAUAAUAAACACACUUUACUGAAAAUUAUAUGUUGUAGGAACUAUUUGUGUUAAAACUACUUCAAGUCUAUAUAAAGAUCUUUCGAAUACAAAAUUGUGUUUACCGUUUUAUUUUGUUUUAUAGUUUUAUGAAGUUAUAUCAAAAAUGUUUGUUAAGGAACAGAAUGAUUAUUGGAUGGAAGUUAAGUAUGUUUUAAAAAAUCCUUAGUAUAUCAUCACAGUACUAAAAUAAUACUUAUACUAAAGAUAACAAAAUUAACCAGAUUUCCUUAAAAUACAUAUACAUUUUGAAUACAGUUUUGAUAAUAUUUUGAAGGUUUGUUUGCUGAAGUGAAAUGUAAUAAACAUUUGUUAUUUUAUCUAUGUUUUUAUAAUAAUCUGUCAUUAUAAUUGUAACUGUCAUUCUGUAGUUCUUAUUAUUGGAUUAUUAAAAAGUAAUGAUUUUAAAUUAGUGCUACUAUAAACCAUGUUACAUUUUCAAGCAUUUAAAGAUAAAAAAUUGCUAUCAAAAUUUAAAAUGAAAUUUCGAAUGAAAUUCUUUUUCAUUUAUUAUAUAUAUAACUGUUUUGUUUUAAGUUAGUAAAUGAACAAAGUUAACAGUUGUUUUUUUAUAACACAAUCAUUAAAUAUUUCUGUAUAUAUUUGAAUUUUAUAUUGAUAGAUAUAAGUAGUUAAUGGUAAAUAAUAUCAUGUUUACAAAUAAUAAGUUACUCAGCAUUUUGUAAUACACUCAUUAUUUUAAUAAAAUUGCUAUAUAUCAUAGUAAAUAUUGUUACUGGAAUGGUUAUCUUUAUCAUAAAGUUAUAAUAAGGACAUGCAUAUAAUACAGCACCAGUCGUCCAUGCAAAACUAAUCAUUUAGUCAUAAGAUAAUGUGUGUUGAUAAAAUAUUACUCUUAAUACUUUGAAUCAUUACAAUAGCUUCAACUAGCUCUCUGCAUAUGGGAGCUAUGAUUGUGUUUCUUACCUUAAGGUAGUUAUAUCAUUAUGUAUUUUUAUGCUCAGAAGUAACUGAUACGCAGCUAUGGCAGAGCUUAUGGACUAUAAUAAUGAAUGUUGUAGAUCUGCUUUAAAGAGUUUGCAGUCAUGGCCUAUCAUUGAAAUAAAAUAUGCCAUUUAAAUAUUAAGUUGGAAGACAUGGGCAUGUCACAGACCUUGCCUUCUUGUAUACAUGCAAUUGGAUUUCGAAUGAUUGUAUUAAUCCCCCUACUACUUGUUAUUUGGGGGAUCUUAUUGGAUUUUAAUAAACAAUAACUUAAAUGAUAAGAUAUAGUUUAAAGGUAAAGAAAUACGACAUACGCUGUAAUUGGUUGCUUUUAAUUUUAUAUUAAUAAAUAAAAAUCCACAUAA